UCGAAGGUUGGUAAUAUGGCGAAGUAAUGGCGUUUUCCGCCCAGCCGGACCAUGGGCAAAACGAUCGAAAACAAAGAGGGUUUGCAAGUAUAGCUAGAAUUCCAAGUAAAGAAAGAACUAAGUUUGUCCCAAAUCCCGCUGCAAAACCCUUCGUGCCGAGUUCUAACUUCGACAAGUUAACUCGCUCUAACAAGACAUGGUCCUCGGCAAACAGGAGGCAGAAUUCGCUGUUGAAGUAUGACAAUAAUAGAAAUGAAUAUAGCAAAGCCAUCAACUCAAUUACCAGCACAAAUCACUCUGCUGACCAGAAUGGUUUCUUGUCAAAUGGCACAGUUCAACUACAUCCCCAUUCUUAUGACAAUAGCAUAACUACUGAUAGUUCUCUUUCUACUCAAUCCCAACCUGGCAAACACAUUGCGCUUCAUUUACUCUCCAAAGUCUUGGAUGACGAAACUAUAUUUAACUUCACAAGUAUUGAGGAGUCAUCMACYACACCAUGUUCCCCUGCACCAGCUGCAUCUUCUCCUUCAAUUGAGUUCGAUGGCACAGCACAUUCAUGGCCCCUUUCUGCAACAGACAUCCAUCCUCAUUCAGCUCCAACUGUUAGUAUCCCAAACUAUACCACUCAUGUUGGGUCUUUCUCUGGUCCAAGCAUCUGGUCAAAUGAUUCAUGCCCUGCGACUCCUCCACUGUCUCCAGAUCCUUCAACUUAUAAUGAAUUUUCUUCUAAUGACUUGCCCAGUUUUCCAAAACCAAUGAGACCUAAUUCUCUACCUGACUGUGAUAAAUUCUCACCAUUCAUUAAUGGAUUCAUUGAUGAACAGUCUCCGUAYCCCUCACCGACUGGACAGUCACACAGCUCCUCGAAUGCAUCACCUUUGCAGACGUUUCUCCCUAUUCAAGAACCGUACUGUAAUGGCAAAGUACAACAAUCGUGUGAAUCUGGAUAUGCUAGCAAUUCUACCAAUAACUCAUACUAUGGUUCCCAAAUGUCUCCUUCAACAGUACAUGGAUUUGUUCCUUCAUCGCCUGACAUCCAUAGCUUUAUUUUACCACUGUCAGCUCCAGGGAGUGUAUAUAAUAGUUCACCUAGUCUAUCACCUUCAUCGCCACCUUUAGGACAGAUGAAACUAGACAGAAAGCAUCUGAAUGUAGAAUCUGGUGAUCAAAUCAAUCUCAAAUCAAGGCAAAGUUUGUUUAGAGAUACCAGAGGGUACCAGAGUCCAUCUUAUAAGGAUCAAAAUGGAUCUAUGUACAGUUCUUCUCCCAGAACCAAAAGUCCAUUUUCCAGUGAAUUGCAUAGUCGUUUGGAUGAUUGUUACGAGCAGUUGAGAUGUCUAGAACGAGAACGGAAAAAGGCAGAAACUGAGAUAUCACAUCUGUGGUCGAGCCGUAAAUUCUCUACCCCAGGGAACUGUGUGAAUUUUAGACUGCCGCCAAGUCCAUCUCGUGUUGAUAAGAUGGUCAUUGACCAGCGAAGGGAGCAUGCAAAGGUUGAAGCUUUGGUUAGCAGAAUUGAGCGUAUYCGCCAUUCCCCUCUACAUCAGAGCAUCAGUGAAAGUGUGGAGCWAUGGCAGCAAUCUAUCAAGGAAUUGCAGGCAAAAAGAAAAGAAGAGAUGACUAGUUGUAAUGGGUUUGUAGGACGUGGUAGACUGGGGUCAGGGACAACAAGUAGAUUCUAYGAUAGUCCAGAUAUUCUAGGUUUAGUGUCAGCUGUGAAGGAUGUUUGUCAGCAAACAAGAGCCAUGAGAACCACUGUAUGGUGUGCAGUUCACCUUGUUACUUGUGAAAGCAUCCCAAAAGUYRACGUUAUCCAACAAGAUGAGGGUACUUCAACACUGUCCAAAGUGAAUUCAGGAGAAGRAAUGGAUGAGGUGUCGUGAUUGGUGUAAUAAUAUCAAAAUGGUGAUAAUAAUAGAGUAUCGAUAUACUUCUGUCAAGCAGCAAAUUGCAUAAAAUCAAAAAGGCAUAACAUCUAUAGUACAGCCAUUGUUCUAGCCACUGGAGUAACAAAAGGAAUAUCAAUGAUUAGUUACAAAAUGAUGUCAAGCAAGUGUUAAACUCAGGCAAUUUUAAUAUGAAAGAAUCACUGGAACAAAUAUGCUGAUGGGAUCAUUGAGCAAAACUUGGCUAAAAGUAAUAAUUUCUGCAUGAUUAUUUAUACUCAACCCCCCUGAGGUGAAUUCCUAUUGGAUAAAGACAUGUCAAUUUACAUGGAAAUUGUUGUUCAGAGAACUGUGUUAAUUUGGUAAAGCAAAGGACUAUGGUAUAGAUUGGGUUUUCUUGCUAGUACUACUCAUCUGAUAACACCAUGUGUUCAACRUCUAGUAUGAACAAACUGCUUCGUGAGAAAAUAAACAAUUUUCCUAGUUAAAAACUGUUGAAAUAAAGGCUUUGUUGAUGGAUUAAUAUUACAUUUGCAAGUUUUAUAAUGAGGCAUACUGUUAUUUCUGAAUUAUUGUGGAUGAAAAAUGUCAAGAACUACUGUAAAGKCAAAAUCCCCUAUUUAAUGAUUAUUUAAUGAUUCCAUUUACAAUUUCUUUGUUCAAAACUUGAACAAAUAUAGGCAAUCUCCAUCGGUGCUAUCAUUCUCCUGCAUAGCAAAAUGUUAUCUCUUGACAUCUGUGAAGAAGCAUAAACAAUUAUGGAACUUCACAUUUGCUACUUUGUAAUUUUUCUUACUGUAUACUAAACUGACUUUGCGUUAAUCCACAAAGCGAACAAUUUUGUUCUAACAAAGCUUUUCUAAGGUUCUGUUGUUUUCAAAAUCACAACAAGAGAAGGGAAAUAAAUUUACCUUGGUGGUUCCAAGGACAAAUGAA